GCGUGUGUGUGGGCUGUGAAGGCUGUGAGGGAAGCUCGGUGUCUGACGCUGACUGCGCUUUGGUGCCGAGUGAAGCGCUCACCUGCACACAAGAGUCGCGCAAACUAAGGAGUUGCUGCACUCCCACAAGCAAGGAAGCUUCCGACACAGUCUGACCCCACAGUGGAAAGGAAAAGGAGACGUGAUACAGUUUGGGAAGAAGAUUUAGUGCUUCCCCUUUUCUUUUUUUUGGUUCCUCGCCCAGGCUGCUGUGGCAGUCGCUCGCUUCUUCCGCCGCGAUGAGGACUGACCUGGCUUUGGUCCUGACAGCAGCCCUUCUUCUUGACACAUUCCGGGUGAAUAAUGGCCAGCCUUCAUCUAAAGGUCACUGUCGACCAGGCUUCUCACAAAGUUUCUACUCCAUCUUGAUUCCAAGGGAUAUACUUCAAGGCCAGGCCAUACGUAAAGGUGCCAUUGUGUCAUCACAGAAAGUCAAGUUUGAUGACUGCGCCGGGAACAAAGCGGUGAUUUUCGAGAGCGGUGAUCCAAACUUCAGUGUGCGGACAGACGGGUCCAUCUUUGCUCAGGGAGAUGGAGCUGCCAUGGAUGAGCCAGUCCAGUUUAAACUAACAGCAAGUGGUCCACAUUCUCAUGUCUGGAAGACAGUGAUCCAGCUGGCACCGAUAGACGCCGCUUCACCUCAGCAAAACGAAAAUGAGGUCACAACCAAAGAGGAAAAGGUUGCUGAGAAGAAAGAGAAGAAGGAAGCAUUCCAAGCCCCGCCUCCUGUCAUCAUGUUCUCCGGGACAGGCAGAAACAGCUCUAAGGGUCUACGAAGGCAAAAGCGAGACUGGGUGAUCCCACCAAUCAACGUUGCUGAAAAUUCUCGAGGACCGUUCCCGCAGAUGCUCGUCAGUAUUCGUUCAGACCAGGAUCAAGAUAUCUCCAUUCGAUACAGCAUCACUGGGAUGGGAGCUGAUCAGCCACCUAAUGAGGUCUUCAACAUCGACCCUGUGCUUGGAAAAAUGUUUGUCACCAAACCUCUGGAUAGAGAACAGCGGUCGUCAUAUCAUCUCCGAGCACAUGCUGUGGACAUGAACGGAAACAAGGUGGAGAACCCCAUCGAUCUGUAUAUCUUUGUCAUCGACAUGAACGACAACAGACCGGAGUUCAAGAACCAAGUCUACAAUGGCUCUGUGGAUGAAGGCUCACAACCAGGCGCCGACGUAAUGCACCUGUCUGCCUUCGAUGCCGAUGACAACACGACGGCCAAUGGAAUGGUGCGCUAUCGAAUACUGUCCCAGACACCGCACAGUCCCAUUCCAAAUAUGUUCACCAUCAAUGCUGAGACUGGGCAUAUUACGAUCGUGACGCCUGGUCUCGAUCGAGAGAAAGUGUCCCAGUAUACGAUCAUCGUUCAAGCCACAGACAUGGAGGGCAACCUGAAUUUUGGUCUCUCAAACACGGCCACCGCCAUCAUUACUGUCACCGACAUAAACGACAACCCGCCCAUGUUGACCUCCAGGACGUUUUCCGGUGAGGUUCCUGAGAACCGGGUGGAUGUGGUGGUGGCUAACCUAACGGUGAUCGAUGCCGACCAACCGCAUUCCCCCAACUGGAAUGCUAUUUACAGGAUCAUCAGUGGCGAUCCAUCCGGGCACUUCACCAUUCGCACUGACCCCGUAACCAAUGAUGGCAUGGUGACUGUGGUAAAGGCGGUCGACUUUGAGAUGAACCGAGCUUUCAUGUUGACAGUUGUGGUGUCCAACCAGGCCCAUCUGGCUAGUGGGAUCCAGUCCUCCUUUCAGUCCACAGCAGGUGUAACCAUAUCUGUGCAGGAUGUCAACGAAGCCCCUUACUUUCCCACUAAUCCGAAACACAUCCGAUUUGCGGAGGGCGUUCCGGCCGGCACGAGUCUGACAACCUUUUCGGCCACAGAUCCCGACCGACUGCAGAUGCAGCAAACAAUCAGGUACUCCAAACUGAAUGACCCCGCAGACUGGUUGUCUAUCAACAGAACCAACGGGCAGGUGGUGACCACGGCCAUCCUCGACAGGGAGUCUGACUAUGUGAAAAACAACAUAUACGAAGCCACUUUCCUGGCAACAGAUAACGGCUCUCCUGCAGCCAGUGGCACAGGCACACUGCAGAUCUAUCUGAUAGAUAUUAACGACAACCCCCCAGCGCUCAUACCCAAGGAGUCUCAGAUCUGUGAGCAGAUGAACAAGAAUGUCAACGGCGUCAAUAUCACUGCCGCUGACGCCGACACCGACUCCAAUGCGGGGCCUUUUGUCUUUGAGCUGCCUAGUUAUCCUUCCAGCAUUAAACACAACUGGACAAUUACACGAAUCAGUGGCAACUAUGCCCGCCUCAGUCUGCGAUACCAGGUCUAUUUGGAGCCAGGCAUGUACGAGGUCCCGAUAACUGUGUCCGACUCGGGAAACCCAACCUUGUCCAAUAGAUCGGUCAUCAAAGUCAAAGUGUGUCCAUGUGAUCCAAACGGAGACUGCACUACCGCGGGCGCCGUGGCGGCCACCGGCCUGGGGACCGGCGCGAUCAUCUCCAUCUUGAUAUGCAUCAUCAUUCUGCUCAGCAUGGUCUUGCUGUUUGUGGUGUGGAUUAAGCGGCGAGAGAAGGAGAGGCACAUCAAACAGCUGCUCAUUGACCCCGAGGAUGAUGUCAGGGACAACAUACUGAAAUACGAUGAAGAGGGAGGGGGAGAAGAGGACCAGGACUAUGACCUGAGCCAGCUGCAGCAGCCGGAUUCUUUGGAGCACAUCAUCAGCAAACCUCCCGGCGUCCGCAGGGUGGACGAGCGGCCCAUUAUCUCAGAAUCCCAAUACCCCAUCCGGCCUGUUGUACCGCACCCUGGCGACAUCGGAGACUUUAUCCAUGAGGGGCUACGGGCAGCUGACAAUGACCCCACUGCACCCCCUUAUGACUCUCUGCUAGUCUUUGACUAUGAGGGCAGCGGCUCCACCACGGGAUCGGUCAGUUCUCUCAACUCUUCCAGUACGGGGGAGCAGGACUACGACUACCUCAACGACUGGGGCCCCCGCUUCAAAAAGCUGGCCGACAUGUACGGAGGAGGGGAAGAGGAUUAAGUCUCACGUGAGCACACACACACUCACACACCUUCGUCCCGCCAGCUGGCCUGCCAUGCUCUGUCCCGUCAACACCGAUCAACCAAUCAGAACUCCAGAAGUCUGGCGCUGUUCCACGUUGGACUGAAACAGAAUUAUUGAGUUGCUGGGUUAUCAUAAGUCUUUCGUGCCCAAUUUUUUUCAAUUGUUUGUCAGGUUGUUGGUUUGUUUUUGGUAUGUGCCUUUGUUCCCCUGUGGCUUUUUGUUUAUUUUUGUAUUUUAUUUUCACUCCACAACAAGAGUCAUUCCUUGUUCCGGAAGGUUUUCUCUUUCCUCUCGCUGUCAGCCCCUGCCUGCCUCCCUGCAGAAGCUUUAAGUUUGAGCAUUUUUGUCUUGGGGUGGGGUGGGGUGGGGGGGGGGGGGGCAAAAAAACAAGAACCCUGAUAUGACAGUCUCUCCUGUGUGGAGGGCCCUGGUUUAUUCUUUCUUGAACUUGAAUUACUUAGAAUAGAAGCACUGUUGUUUCCCAAAAAAAGUGCCUUCAGUGGUGCAUAUUUUAACAGACUCCCUCGAACUCAGGAUUAGUUUCCAUUUUCCUGACCCUUUAACUCAGACCUUGCCAUUGUCUUAUGGGCUACGGUAUUUGCUGAGGCGCCAGUGCUGCUUUCAGAUGAGCUUGCAACCGGCAAAUGAGGGCAUGUUCAUGUAGGUGUACACUACACUUGGCCGGAAUGGACCAAUUCCACAAUUGUUCAGAUCAUAAAGGUGUGUCCUCAGAUGGCAGCCAACUUGAAUGUGAUGAUAGAAAUCGCAGCAAUCCAAGACGGGACUGUCGUGGAGAAGUGUCUUUGUUUCUUGUGGCUUCGCUAGCAGCUGUGUUUGUUUUGAGCUUCUUAUUUUUUCACCCGGUCCCGGCCAAUCACGUGUCCGGUAUUGAUGAAGGAAACUUGGCCUUUUAGAUCGAAAGGUUUGCAUAUUUAUCGACACACGCAAACAUUUUACAUUCCAUUUCCUAAAUAAGGAGAAAAAUGCCAACGUUGAAAAGGAAUUUAAUUGUUAUGCCUGCCUAUCGUUUUGUUCUUACUUGGAUGGAGUUGCCGUUACUUCUUGACAAUGUCUAUAAAUAUAUAAAAUGUUGAUGCUCACUGUGAUUGAUUCAGCCAGGGAUUUCUCAGCCCCUCAAUCUGCCUCUCUUUAGGCACACUUCAACAUUCAUCUGCAAUGUUCCCCUGAAAUUUUCUGGCUGCAAGUUCAAGAGUUUUCAUCAAGAAGUUAGAGCGAGCAAAAGUUUAUGAAGUUAUGAAGCACUAUAUCAAGGGUGACUUGUUAAAACAGACUCUUUAAAAGUCAUUUUCCAUCUGAACAUAUUUUUGUUUUAGACUUAAUGAAACAGCAGCUCCGCUUAUGGGCUUGUGUCAUCAUAUUUUAUAUGACUCCAAGGGUGGAGUGAAAUAAAGAUCUCUAAAUGCUAUGCUUAAAUUAUUCAAAUAUACAAAAGCAUUGAGAAACGAGUGGGUGGAAAAUACUCCUCGGUGCUAGUUAGCUUGAAGCUAGAUGACUGGAUUUGCUGUGAAUUGAUGAAUUCCUGGAGGAAAACUCUAACGAUGCGUCUCCUCAAACAUUUUCUCAUUUGCAAGAGAAACUAAAUUUGUCGAUUUUAAACGGUUCUGGCGAGGGACAUAACAGAAACUACGUUCCUGUCGACGGUCAUGAUAUAAUCAAUGAGGUGAACAGGGUCAGAAUCUCACGAUUCAAAGGCAAACAGGUACCGAUUGCACUUUGCGGCGCCGAACUUGACAGCGAUGAUUUUCCCGACCGCUGUCAGCUUAAAGUGCAAUCAGAGUCGAGGCAAGGAGCAACGACACUCGCUUCCGGAUUAGCUCUUAUCUAUCCGGUUCCUCCUCCACCUCGCAAAUAUCCUCACAAAAUAAACACAGCUGUUACUCUCCGCUAUCUGUGAUUUGUGUCUGACACGUAAACGUUGUAUAUACAGAACCUUUUUUAUACAUUUGUCAACAUGACUCGCGGGUGUGAGUGACUGGGUGGUUUUCGCUCUCCUUCUCGCUCCAACAAGUCGAUGAGGUCGCUUUCACCACUAAAAAGCCAUGGUGAAGAGAACCUGAUCGGUUUCGCGAGCGCUCACACAGCCAUACUUGUCGCCGCUGCGCUUGAGCUUCUUCAGAACAAAGCGUGAAGCCGUCCGUCGUUCGAAACUGACGUGUACAGUCUAACAGACGCACACAUACACACACACACACACACACACUCCUCUAGGCCUUACUGUACAUACAGUAUGUGAGUGCUAUUCCACUGCAAAGCCCGAACAGUCCUUUUGCUGGUUCCAUCACGCUCAGAGGUCAAAGGGAUGUUCUUUGACAUAUUUAUAAUCCUUAAGAAGACAUCUAGAUCUAAUUAAGGGACUAACACAACACGUCACAUACACACAUGCAGUAUGUUGACUUUUCAUUACAAGGCGCUGAUCAUGUUGCAUGUUGAAAAACUGCAACUGUGCCGUAUGGAAAUAAUCUGUUUAAAUAUCUGAAGUGAGUGGAUAGACAACAAAUUUGUGACCAUGGACACAUCUGACCCGUUAGCAACAGAGGCUGUUGCUUCCUUUGAAAUGUCUUGCUCAAGUCCAAAUGUAAAUAAUGUAGUAUUUGCUCGCCAAGCAGACCAAGUUUAAUGUAUGACUGGAGCUUUUUUGCAUGUCUUUUUUAUGAUGGCCAGAUAUGAGUUCUAUAAGAGUAACCAUCCAACGUGAAAACAUGUCGCAACCCGCAUGACCGAAGUUGCAUUCUAAAUGGAGUUCUGGCAUACCAUAUCAACAUAGUUUGAGAUGAAAAGGUAUUAUUAAAAAUUGCACAGGUGUCUAAUGUCUAAAAAAAAAUAUGACGUUUUUGUAAAUUGUCAACAGCACAAGCAUUUUGUAUUGGUGUUUGUACCCAUUUUGUAAAAAAGAAAAAAAAAAGAAAAACAGAAGAAAAAAAAGAUUGUUGUUUCAAGCGUGUGUUUGUAGUGCCACUGCAAUCUUGGUUUCCAAAUACCGUACAGUAUACAUGCGCUGCCUUGCAGAUCAACAUUGUAAAAUAGAUGCUGAGCUGGAAAAAGCAUUUUCAGCAACGUGUGUUAUAAAUAAAAAAAUCCCCCUCCUGAUAAAAA